AUGGCCGCCUUAGCGCCCACACCAACACCAGUGCAUACAGCUUCUGAUAUUCCAACUUAUGACCAGGUCCCGGAGACAACGUUUGAUCUGGACUGGGCAGACCUCGCUACGUUGGAUCUGUCUCAAUUUGAACAGCCCGGGGGAAAACAUCAAUUGGCAAAACAACUCUUCGAGGCCAUUCAGAAAAUAGGUUUCUUUUAUAUCGUCAACUUCGGCCUCUCACAGGAGGAUGUUGAUCGCCAGUUUUCCAUUGGCAAAGAGCUGUUCAAGCUCCCAAUAGAAGAAAAGCUCAAGUAUCGUGCCGAGCUUGAAAAAGGUGGUUAUAACGGCUACAAGCCGAUGGGGCUCCGAGAAAUUAGCCCGGGCGUCUUUGACAAGACUGAAAUUUACAACAUCCCAAAAUUCAUUCCCGAACUUGAACUUCCCCAACCAGACAUCGUUAAUAACAAUCGACCUAUUAUUGAGAGCUUCGCGCGCCACAUUCACGAUGAAGUCGUGCGCAAGUUGCUCGUAUUAUUUGCUAUUAUCCUAGAGCUACCCGAAGACUAUUUCCUUAAGGUGCAUCGUUACGACAAAAAGAGCGACUGUCAUCUACGUUACAUGAAGUACCACCGGCGGACGGACGAGGAGAACGAAAAGUCCUCUGGGAUCUGGUCCAAAGGCCAUACCGACUUCGGCAGUCUGACUUUAUUGUUCCGGCAGCCAGUUGCCGCGCUUCAAGUCCGAACCCCGGAGGGCGAGUGGAAGUGGGUAAAGCCGUGUGCGGGGAGCAUCACGGUCAAUCUUGCAGAUUCAUUGCAAUUUCUCACCAAUGGGUUCCUGAAGAGCAGCAUACACCGCGUUGUUGCACCGCCACCGGACCAGAGGGAUGUAGAUCGUCUAGGUGUUUUGUAUUUUGUCCGACCGGAAGAUGAUCUCGAGUUGCGGCCGGUCGUAAGUGAUGUUCUGCAUCGCUUGGGAUAUGACCAAACAACAGAUAAUAGUGCGGUCGGAAUCACCGCUGGGGAGUGGGUGAAGGCUAGGGUGGCUAAGGGUGUUGACAAAGGCCUGGCACGGAGCGAGAUUGGAGAUCAGCCGAUUAUCGGUGGAGUGGUAGCUAAGUAUUAUGAAUGA